UUUGUAUACAAUUUAUUUUCCAUGAUUCAUUGGAAAUUUUUUUGUAUAACUCGCCUUUUAUUUAGCAAUAUACAUAUCUCACACGUCUUAGCCCCAUUUUAUUAGCCGAAUGCAGGACUUGAAGAACCAUCGAAAGUUAUGCGAGCCAACGAGAGUCCUUGAAAGCGAAACUUACCAACGAGGGUCCUUCACAGUCGCACGCCGGCCGAGAAUAAGAAGUUGGGGGCAACUUUUUCAGAUAUGCCGAGCACCUCAGUACAAUGGCAGGCGAAAUUGCCAGCUGACCGCCCAUAAAUGCAUAGAAAUCCAGUGCAGAAAUUAGAGGAAAUCCACAAAUCGAAGCAAACUUUUUUUGCCACACCCCCUGCACCGCAUCGCACCGCCCCGUUUAUUGUUCGCAAAUUUCCCUGGGGCCUUAUAAAGUCCAAGCACCCAGCACCGACACCAUCUCACCAGAAUUUCCGUAGUGCAAACAUUUGCGCUCCUGAUUACUUUUAAUGCUUUUCCAUCGAGAGAGUGUGUCUGUGUGUGUGUGUGUUUGAGUGUGGGUGGUCCAGAGGGAGGGCUGGAAAAAUCAGCAAGAGGCCGAGGCCUGGCAACAUCAAUCAGUUCAAGUUUGGCUGCAAAAAAAAAAAAAAACAAAAAAUAUAAAUAAAAAGGAAAUAGGAAAAUAUAAAAAAGAAAAUUGACCCAAAUUCUGAGCAAACAUAAAUCGUUUUCCACUACCCAAAUUCGCAGUUCCAUCAUUCGUGACAUUCCCAUGUUUAUGAUAGUUUGAAAUAGCCUAAUAUGACGCGAUUCUGGCCAAUGAUUUUCUCAUGGUCCCGUUCGGCUUCCGAAAUUUUCUCGCACCUAUUGAGUGACCAAAAUGUGGAAAAUUGGCCAUGGUCUUCUGUACUCCAUGCCUCCUCUACUAAUGAUGAGGGUCAAAAAACAAAUAGGCACAAGCGCUUAAGUCCUCAUCGGGAUUCCUUUCGUGAUUAUACCAUCAUGCAGUAUGAAAAUCGACUGAGACUGCACGCUCAUCCCACCAAGAUUUUCCGCUAUUUUGCCACCAUUAAAAUGAAGAAUAAAUCAGGUAAAUGGGAACUAUACAUGACUCCCAACGACUUUCUUAGAUCCAUUCAACCCGGAUUGAAGCAACCAGAGAACUUGGGCCUGGACAAAUUCCAAAUUCUGGAUGAGCAUGCGGCCAAUAAAUGGAUACCGGAAGUCAAAGAUGAUAGUAUCUUUCUAAAGAUCGAGAAGCGGGGCUUGCUGACCUACAGUGACUAUGUGCUCCUGACCAUCCUGCUCUCCAUUCCGGAGCGAAAUGUUCGUAUUAGCUUCAAGCUAUUCGAUUUGAAUGGUGAUGGCGACGUGACGAUCGAUGAACUGGACACAGUCUUCAUGGCAAUGACGCAGGGUGAAGUCUCCAUGAUGAAUUCCCACUUGAAGAGCCACUUCUUUGGACAUCGACUCAAUAAGACCCUGAGCAUUGACGAAUUCCUGAAGUUUCUACACGCCCUGCACAUUGAAAUACAUACGGAUCAGUUUCAGAAUCUCUUGAAGGAGUCCAGUUCGGUGAUCUCUGAAUUGGACUUCGCCAAGGUGGUCCUGGGACUCAGGAAGUCACGAAGCGAACGUCGUGAAAUCCUCAAGCGGGUCAAAAAGAAGUUUGGCCAGAUGGACCAUGGUAUUACUCUGGAGGAGUUCUUGGCCUUCUUUCGGUUUGUCCAGGAUGUGAGUAUAAUGGAUAACGCCCUAGCAUUUUACUAUUUCACCGGGGCGGAUAUCUCACCCAAAACUAUGCGGCACAUUGCGUAUGUAGUGACCGGCGUAAAACUCUCGCAGCAUCUCACGGAUGUGAUUUUCUGCAUCUUCGAUCGGAAUAACGACAACAUUAUCCAGCGAAAGGAAUUCACAGAUAUGAGGCGACAGUGGAUGCAUCCCAUACCGUUGCGAAAAAAUCCGAAGCUCUUAUCCAAGAUGUGUAUUGUGUGCAAGUGCACCUGGAAAAUGCUGUCGGCCUGGAAUCUGAGAGAACCUCAUCCUAGAUACUUGCCCCUCUGGUGAUUUCCUUUGGGGCUAAACGCUUUUAGUUCACUGACAAAGGUACACUGCGACAAAUGCCACUGUGUAUUUAUUAUUUAUUAAAAUUUAUAAAUCUAUCUG